AUGUGAGUCCACUAUUUACCUGAGUACUGGGAAAACCAUGAAGGGGGCAAAAUUUUUAAGAAGUCAGCUACAUGAUAUCAAUCUAAAGCUGUUGAUAUCUCGAGUUAGCUCUAGUUUAUAAAUUUGUUUCAACGAAGUUUCUGCACAAAAUGCUCUGUUUUCUCAUAAUUGUCCGGACAAUGAGUUUAUAUGCUAUUUGGAAAGCACCAUCCCAUCCUGAUAUGGUAAAGUAUGUGAUCAACAACCCGAUGUAGUACAUUGUGUGUGUUAGUAUUUGGUGUUGGAGUCUUGUUUACGUGGGAGCGUAAUAGUCAAUAUUAGGUGGGGACAAUAAUUGUUAGGUGUGAAGUAAGGCGCAUCAGUAAGCAUAUAUACCGGCUGAUAUCAAGUAUUCACCCCAUAUAUAAUCUUAUACUUUGACCUUUCAUAACUAUUGGAAUUUUGUUUUUCUUUAUUAACAUGACAGAUGAUGUUGCUUGUACUAAAGCAACGACAAGAUUCUGCCUUUCCCAUCAUAGGCAGUUGGUUAGUUGAGGGUCCAGCUCUAAUUAAAGAAUUCACAAGUCAACCAACCAAUGAAAAACGUGAAUGUUUAAUAUUUGUAAAUUCCACAAAGUCGUCUACGUACUAUACUUCAGUCCGUGCAAUAAAAGAAAAUCGGUUUGCCCAGAAUCACGAGGUCUCAAGUUUAAUUUCCAGUAGAGACAAAACAGUACUAGUUGAUUUCGUCACAUCUGUCCUAUCCUUGUUGGACAGAGUUAUCUGGCACUAGUUAUUGGUACGAGGUGGCAGGUAUUCCGUGGAAUCAGUAAUACUACAAUUACAAGAAAAAAGAUCUAACACUCUUUGCAUGAGAUUGGUAAAAACUAAUGCCGAGAACCAUAAAUAAAACAUUUAAGAUAUCCGUAGAGUGAUUUUCUUCUAUUCAAAUCGUAACUGGGUCAAGCAUCAUUUAAUAUAGAGUUUGUUAAUACGAUGAUAUUAUAAUCAAGUUUCACAAUUAUUCGCAUCUUCAAUAGGUAUCAUCAGCAAGCCACACAUUUCUCUAGUAUUUUUUUCUAGUUCAAAGUCUUCGCUUGUCGCCUUCUCCUUCCUUUUUCCACGAAAUUGCUUUCCCUUUCCAUAAUGUCUCAAUCAUCCAUUUUCUUAUUAAACAAUAAAUUGAAAGUCCAUCAAUGUAGUGACCCAACCCGCCCCACUAGUGAUAUUGUCCGGUUCUGGGUCUAGACUCACACGGUUUUAAAACGUGUCACUAGGAUGUAAGACCUUCUUACUUAUAUACUUAGCCUCUCUGUUGUGUUGUGUUUUGUCUAUGCGAGAUUUCUUAUCUCCAAGUAGUCUACUACUACUACUACUACAUAUAUCCCAACUUAACAAGAAAAUUCAUUCUGUGUAUGUUCAUUCUUCUUAAACCAAGAAAAUGGCACUCAAAGUCCUUACUGCUCUUGACUCAGCAAGAACACAGUACUACCACUUCAAGGCGAUUAUCAUCGCAGGUAUGGGCUUAUUCACCGAUGCAUACGACCUCUUCUGUAUCCCUCCGAUCAUGAAACUCAUCGGUCGAAUUUACUACAGAUCGCCAACGGGCAAUGCUAACAAACUUUAUGAGGUCCCUCAGUCCGUCACAUCCGCUAUGGUUGUGACAGCCCUUUUAGGGACCGUUAUAGGUCAGCUAGUUUUCGGCCGAUUAGGUGACCUAAUCGGCCGACGCAAAGUCUAUGGCUUUGCACUAAUGAUCAUGGUGUUGAGCUCAUUUGGAUGUGGACACUCGAUAUGUGCGUCUAGGACUUGUGUUUUGCUAAGUCUUGGGUUUUUUAGGUUCUUGUUGGGAGUUGGUAUUGGUGGAGAUUACCCUUUAUCAGCUACAAUUAUGUCUGAAUUUGCUAAUAGGACAACAAGGGGUGCUUUCAUUGCUGGGGUUUUCUCAAUGCAAGGAUUUGGAAUCCUUGCUAGUUCAACUGUCACAAUGAUUGUCUGUUCCAUCUUUAAUCGUGCUUAUGGAGAAAAUAGUGAUAAUAAUACACCUCAUGAUGCUGAUUUGGCUUGGAGAAUUAUACUUAUGAUUGGUGCUGUUCCUGCUGGACUCACUUAUUAUUGGCGAAUGAUGAUGCCCGAGACCGCCAGGUAUACGGCGUUGGUCGAAAGAAAUAUUUCACAGGCAGCCAAGGACAUGGAAAAAGUACUCGAUAUUUCAGCGAGUCAAAUCGCUGAGGAAUUUUCUACUUACUCACCAAACACACCGCCCUCUAAUUAUUCCCUUUUCUCCAAAACUUUCAUUCAUGGCCAUGGCCUUGAUCUUUUUGCUUGUUCAAUCUCAUGGUUCCUAGUUGAUAUUGUUUUCUAUAGUAGCAAUCUCUUUCAAUCCCAAAUAUACAAAAGACAUUUAAGUGAUAAACACGAUGUCAGUGCAUUUAAAGAAGCUUUUGAAGUUGCAAGACUCCAAGCUAUUAUUGCAAUUUGCUCAACCAUUCCUGGCUAUUUUGCGACAAUGUACUUCAUUGACCGAAUUGGGAGAGUCAAAAUUCAAAUAAUGGGAUUUUUCUUCAUGGCCAUUAGCUUAUUAGCUAUGGGAAUUCCAUAUUACUCCUAUUGGAAUAACAAGAGCAAUGUAGGGUUCAUGUUUUUGUAUGGUCUAACCUUCUUCUUCUCGAAUUUCGGUCCGAACACGACUACCUUCAUCGUGCCCGCGGAGCUUUUCCCCGCUCGAUUCAGAACAACAUGUCAUGGUAUAUCUGGAGCCAUCGGAAAAUUGGGCGCGAUAAUCGGGUCGGUAGGAUUUAUAUGGGCAUCUCAUAGUAAAAAAGAUGGAUAUAGUGAUGAAGGAAUUGGAAUGACAGCAUCGUUAAUAUUACUAGCUGGAGUUUGUAUAGUGGGAAUGAUCACUACAUAUUUUUUUACUCGUGAGACUAUGGGAAGAUCACUUGAAGAAAAUGAAAAUAUUAGUAUCAAUGAAGGUCCACAAAAUGAAGUUGUUGGUGGUAGGGUUUGAAGAUCAUUAUUUUUUUCCACAUCUUGUGUUUGUUGGUGUGAAAAUAUAUACAUAUUUUUUCCCUUUCUUGUA